AUGAAAAGCAUAACAAAUUCAAUAAAAAAGUUAAGUUUCAGAAACAGCCAAAAAUCGUGUCAACAAAAACAAUCAUCAAAUGAAAAUGAAUCACUCAUUGAUAACUGUGCCAAACGGACGGACUAUUUGGAGUCGUUUCCCAAAAUACUUCAAUACAAAGGCUAUCAAUUGCCUGGAGAUGUCAUACAUUCAAAAGUAUUGGACGAUAUCGAAGAUCUGGAGGUUCGCGAAUCGGAUGUGUUUCUUGUGUCGUAUCCACAGUCCGGUUCAGUUAUUGUCGAAGAAUUACUGGUCAAACUAGUGGACAGAUUGAACGAGAAGUUACCGUCGGAUAGGAAACGUACGGCACAAAUGGGCAAACUAGAGGUGGCCCACCCGUACGGUCACCUUCGGUGGCUUAAUAGUCUCAAAAGACCGCGACUACUAUCAGCUAACUUACCGCUAGAUCUCAUGCCAAACGGUGUCCAAAUGAAUCCAAUUUGUAAAGUUAUUUAUUUAUUGCGUAACCCCAAAGAUCAUGCCGUCUCAUAUUAUUACUAUCAUCGGGUAAAAGGCAUACUAUCCUCUUUUGAUGACUUUAUUGAUCUCUAUAUGAAAGGUCAUCUGCUUUAUGGCGAUCACUUUGAACACUGUCUACAAUACUGGCAAUUAUUGCAAACUUAUCCAAAUAAUGUACUGUUUGUURGCUAUGAAGAUAUCAAACUUGAAACUUACGGUACGGCCAAACAAAUUGUUGACUUUCUUGGCUAUGAUCUGACAGACGCCGAUAUAAAUGAUAUUAUACUAAACCAUUUGACAAAAGCACCGAAAGCGGCCAAUAUGUACAAAACGGUAGACCUAUCAGUGGACACCAACCAGAAAGCGGCCUCUUUUGAGGGCGUAAUCGGCGAUUGGCUGAACUAUUUCUCGCCCGAACAGAGCAGACAAAUGGACGAAUUGGUCAGAAAUCGGUUUGAAAAAGUUGGACUCAGUGUCUGUUGCGAUCCAACCGACGCUAUGAAACGUAUUGUUAGUUUUGGCCGCAUUUURRUGGUUAACAUUACGGCCACUCCUACUAAACAACAACAACAACCAGAAAAUCAUUUGAAAAAUAGUUUACGAAAUGCUAUAACAAGUCAAGUGAAGAAAAGUCGACCGAAACUCGAAAGGGAAGAGUUCUUACUUUUAAGACAAAAGAGUUGGAUUCCCAUUGAAGUUGAAUCCAUUGAUACUGAAUCUCAGAGCACCGGUAGUAAAGAUCGGCGUAACUAUUGGUUAGGUUGUUGUUGUUGGUGUUGUCCCUGUUUAUGUCCAUUUCAUAAUUAUACAAAUGUUUGA